GUCAGCGAGAAGGUUGGAGGAGCUGAAGGGACCAAGCUUGACGAUGACUUCAAGGAAAUGGAAAAAAAAGUGGACCUGACCAGCAAGGCAGUUACUGAAGUGUUGACCAGAACAAUAGAGUACCUCCAGCCAAACCCAGCUUCCAGAGCCAAGCUAACCAUGCUCAACACCAUGUCGAAGAUCCGCGGGCAGGUGAAGAACCCCGGCUACCCGCAGUCGGAAGGGCUGCUGGGGGAGAGCAUGAUCCGAUACGGCAAGGAGCUGGGUGAGGACUCCAACUUUGGCGACGCGCUUCUCGAUGCUGGUGAAUCUAUGAAGCGGUUGGCUGAAGUGAAGGACUCACUGGAUAUUGAAGUCAAACAAAAUUUUAUUGAUCCUCUGCAGAACCUGUGUGAUAAAGACCUGAAAGAGAUCCAGCACCAUCUCAAGAAGCUGGAAGGCAGACGCUUGGACUUUGACUACAAGAAGAAACGACAGGGCAAAAUCCCCGAUGAGGAACUUCGACAGGCCAUGGAGAAAUUUGAAGAGUCCAAGGAAGUAGCAGAGACCAGUAUGCACAACCUCCUAGAAACUGAUAUUGAGCAGGUGAGCCAGCUCUCAGCCUUGGUGGACGCCCAGCUGGACUACCACAGGCAGGCAGUGCAGAUCCUGGACGAGCUUGCGGAAAAACUCAAACGCAGAAUGAGGGAGGCCUCCUCGCGCCCCAAGCGGGAAUACAAACCCAAACCCAGGGAGACAUACGACUUUGGAGAAACUGACCAAUCUAACGGGGGCUUCUCUUGCAAUCCUACCCCCAAAGUCUCAGCUUCCUCCUCUUUCCGAUCCGACAAGCCGUCCCGAUCCUCCGUCAGGAGUAUCCCCCCCCUGGACCAGCCCUGCUGCAAGGCUCUUUACGACUUUGAACCCGAAAACGACGGCGAGUUGGGUUUCAAGGAAGGUGACAUCAUCACCCUGACCAACCAGAUCGAUGAAAACUGGUACGAGGGCAUGAUCAACGGCCAGUCGGGCUUCUUCCCCCUCAACUACGUGGAA